AUGGCUUUCCCCAAAACGAUCAUGGCCUUUAUUGCCUUUAUAUCUUUGCUCGUUUCCACUACUUUUGCUGUGGAUGUGUUCUCUACUACCAACGUGGUCACCUACUGGGGCCAGGGCCAUAAUCAAAAACGUCUAUCGCACUAUUGUCAACAGGUUGAACAUGAUAUAAUUGUUAUUGGCUUUGUUAAUGUUUUUCCUGACCAAGGCAAGGGUGGCUGGCCGGGAACAAACUUUGGAAACCAAUGCUACAUGGGUACCUAUAUAACCCCAGAGGGGGAAGAAACGGAGCUUCUGAGCUCAUGCCACAAAAUUAUAGAGGAUAUACCCAUUUGCAAAGCAGCAGGAAAGACUAUAAUGCUUUCUCUAGGUGGCCAAGCCGUGGAUGGCUCCAAGACAUACAGCGUCAAGACCAGACUAUCUGCCGUUUCCUUUGCAGACUUCCUUUGGGGCGCCUUUGGACCCGUCUCUCCUGGGUGGGGUGGUCCUCGGCCCUUUGGUGACAAUGUUGUAGAUGGAUUUGAUUUCGACAUAGAAGCUAACGGUGGUGCAAACUACGAGUACAUGGCCGAGCGUCUGCGAAGCAACUUUGCUACUGAUUCAUCUAGACAGUACUACCUAUCUGCUGCCCCCCAGUGCGCUCUCCCUGAUAGAAACCUCGGCAACCUUAUCAGUAGCUCUGCUUUCGACUUUAUUUUCGUCCAGUUUUACAACACCCCUAGUUGUUCCGCCUUUAACUGGGCUCAAAACCCCUCCAAAUCCGGGUUUACCUUAGAUUCAUGGGUUCAGUUCAUCCGCAAUGGCGCAAGCCGCAAUGCAAAACUAUUCAUUGGCCUUGUUGGUGACCAGACCAGGAUCUCGCCACACGGAGAAUAUACCAAGGAUGACAGGAAUUACCUCGCUCUCCCAGAUGCUGACAAGCUCAUCAAGGCAUACAUGAACAAAUAUCGUGCCAACUUCGGUGGUAUUAUGAUCUGGGAUGCUCUAACCUCAGAUGAAAACCAGCUCGUCACAGGAACCUAUGCUUCUAAUAUUAAAAGAUUACUGCUUAACAACGAACCUUCUCAACCAACAACUACCUCCAAGACCAUGAGCAGCACGAAGACAUCUAUUUUCACGACCACUUCGAAGCCUACGACAACCACCAGUACUAUGUCUUCAACUUCAAAGGUUUCUUCAUCCACUGGGUCCAUGCCUACGAUGACUACCUCCACUAGGACUACUUCAUCCACAACGACAACAUCUUCCACCAAAAUCACACCAUCAACAAGCCCCAGCCCUAUCAUAUCUACUUCUACCACCUCCGGGCAUCAAAAUACCACAACUAAAACCACCGGAACUGAGACCCAGACAAGCAAAACAUUUAUUACUACCACCAGUAUCUGGAGCUCUGGAACUGGCAUUGGCACUGGUACUGGGAUCCCAACCAUCACCACCACCCCAAAAUACCCAAACACUACCUUCACCAGCGACACUACAGGUAGUCCCACAAUGUCUGAUACUACUAUCACGCUCACCAUCACCUCUUCUAUGCAUCACACUUCUGCUACAACUUCGACUAUUCCAACCUUUACUACGACGCCUAUCCAAACAUCAGAGACGAGCAUUUCUAUGCCAAGCGGAAUAACAACUUCCUCUACGCAUCAAUCAUCCAAAAUAACCAUACCUGGCCCUCCCGAUAUGCCUACGACCAUAGUUUCUCCUUCACCGACCAAGCCUGGACAUUCUACAACAACAGCCAUCAUUACUACUACAUUUACCUCUGUCUGCCCUACUGGAAUCACUACUGUCACGACGACCUAUACCACAAUCUACUGCCCGGAAGCAAUUCCUACGCCGACAGCGGGUAACGCUCCGCCACCUCCUGCAAUGGAAUGGACCACCAUAGUCACUACUUGUACCAAAUGUGCUUCCACCUCGGCAAUUAUGACAGUCACCUACCCAGUCACUGCCCCAUCGGAGCCCGUGACUCCAACACAGGUGCCAGGAACACUGCUUCCACCAGGAGCACCAGGUACUAGCUCUGGAAUUCCACCAUCAGAAACUGCUGGCAACAAGCCAGGAAACCCGGGCACUCUAACCGGCAUUUUCCCUCCAAAGCCAACCAUGUCAGUUCCCCCAGAAAUGGGUGGCAAUGGUGGGGAUAUAACCCCAGUUUACACUGGUGGAGCUGUAGUCGUGUCGCCAUCCUUCUCGAUCAUUAUUAUGGUGUUGUGUGCAAUCGUAUAUCACAUUAUGUAA